AGGUUCUGUGAAGGGCUGAACUGGACCCGAAUCCCGCUCAGGACAAGAAAUGCGUUUAAUUGAUGAAAAGUUAACGAACUCAGUGACCGAAGAGCUGCGACGUCAUCAGAUAAAUGAAGUCAUUUAAUAUUUCAUUAGAGAGCUUCAGUGCGAGGAGCAGCAUGUUACUCCUGAACCGACAUUGAUGGAGUCGGCCGACCCUGAGGCAUCAUGGAUGCCGUACGCUACGCAGACAACCUGAGGCUUUCUGCAGGGAGGAUGAAGUGGGACAGGUGGAGACGUGCUGGGAUGGACAGGAAGGAGGAUGAUGAAGAGCUGGUGGAGGUGCUGCUGGAGGGCAGUGCUCCAUGGGGCUUCACCCUGAGGGGGGGCACGGAGCAUAGAGAGCCUCUCAUCAUCACAAAGGUGGAGCAGGGCAGCAUGGCGGCUACUGGCCGACUCCGGGCCGGCGAUGAGAUGGUGAGCGUGAAUGCCACUCCCCUCAGCGGCUCCCGGCAGGAGGCCAUCUGUCUGGUGAAGGGAUCCCAGAAGACCCUGACCCUGGUGGUCCGGAGGGCUAAAAUGGUCGAUGUUGUAUCGCCAAGAACGAUGCCGUCAGAAAAUGAGGUUCAUGUGGCGAGGAAUUUCCUCACCAAGAUUUUACGGAGCUCCAUGAGGAGGAACCGUUUCAGGGGAAAAAAUGACCCAGGCUUACGGCCCCAUUCCUGGCACUCCUCUAAGCUGACAGAAGAGGAGUCUGAGCCUGCCGGGUCCAGGGCCACCCCAGCGCCUGUCUGGCAGCCAAAACAUGAAGCAAGAGAGUCAACCAGUCCAGGAAACCAGAAGAAUCAGCAGACCAAUCAGCUCAGCUCAGUGAACAGCAUGGAGAAACUGGAGCGUCCUUCCCAUCCCUACCCACCGGGUUGUCUUUCUCCACCUAAAUACAUCGACAGUUCUGAACCAUUUUCUGGAUCAGGAGCCAAAAGGGACUCUGCCUUCAGCUGUUUCUCUGGCAGCUCCAGUCCUCCUGUUCUUGAUUCAAGCAUGUCUGGGAGGAAAGGUACCAGCACUGAAAACAUUUUCUUCAAGGGCCUUCAGAGUGAAGGACCUCAGCAGAAUGAACGACACAGAUACCUGCAGUCAACCCUCGGGAACGAAGGCUGGGAGGGGUCACGGGUUGAGGAGCAGCCUACGUCUCGGGUUUCCGUUGCAGGAAGACCCAGUGUUGGCCCAGUGUGGCAGGUACCAGAGAAGAAAAUAUCCCAGUCCCCUCCUCCUCCUCCACCGCCCCUGCGCAGUGACAGCUUUGCUGCCACCAAGGUGUUCCCAUACUCUGAAGGGCCUUUAGGUCCACCAAAGAGUCAUGGCAGCUCUUUCGAAAAACUGACAGAAAACAACCAGAACUGCCUCAGAUUUCAGAACCAGCUGCACCCCAACAAACCAUUCUCCUUGUCCAACUGUGAUGUCAGCCAGUCUUUUUAUGCACAAUCAGCUGCCCAUCAGAGGCAAUACAGUGAUGAAAGCCCUUUCUUUCAGCAAACCAGGGCAGCUCCACCAACGAAGACUCAAAGUGUUGGAAGCUACUAUCGCAGCCUCCAAGACCUGCCCACCAAUGCUUUCAGUCGAAAACACAUACGGCACUCCACAGCAGCCAUAACAGGUUGUUCUGCAAACUCAAGUCUGGAGAAUGGAGGACACAACCGGCACUUUGGCCCUGCAGGUAAACAUCCCAUGCAGACCAGUGAGUUAAAGGCCAGCAAAGCUGGGGGGUGGAGAGGGGAGACGAAGAAAUCCCAAUGUAUGACCAGCAGUGAAUCAGGUUUGCAGAGUUCCCUGAAGGCAAACAAUAAGGCAAAGUACCCUACACCUCAGCCCCAGAUGCCUUACAGUGAAAAUAAAGACCGAAAUGGGAAUGGUCUAAACUAUGACCACAAGACGUACGAACUUUCUCUUCAAAGCACAGAAGAGGCUUCAAAGAGAGCUGAAGGACCCCAUAAUGAAAUGAAAAGACUUUAUAUAACACAUCAGAGUAAUGAUCAUAAAGUUGGUCUUUCAAGACACCAAGAUCCUUGGGUGCCUCAAGAAGAUCACAGAAUAUCAGCUCUGAAAACACCACUUCUCCACUUCCUAGCUCAAGAGAGUCAGACUUUGACAGAGAGGCAGCCAACAGCUGCUACAAAGUCUGUGAUUUCCACCCAGGAUGUCUGUAAUACCACAACCACCAGCAUUGGCAAAGCAUGUCGCCGUAGUGACCGCUACGCUACCACCCUUCGCAAGGAGAUCCAGCAGAAGAGAGCCCAACUGCAGAAGAGCCGAAGUGCUGCAACCCUGACCUAUGAGGCUGAGGAAGAAGAUGCAGAAGAAUGGAAGUUCAUGGAAGCCUCUGCUUCCUCAAAUACGUACAAGGACCACCUAAAAGAGGCCCAGGCAAGAGUCCUUCAGGCCACCUCUUUCCAGAGACGAGACCUCGAACCCCUGGGGCCAGAGGCACCCGUUCUUAAAGCAUCCUAUGGGCGAAUAAGAGGACGUAAGCGCUUCCACCCAGCCAAGAGGACACAUUCUUUCUCAGAGCCGGAUAAGAUAGAUAAAGUGGGAGUGGAUGGAGAAUCCCAACGUAGCUCAGAGCAACAGAGAAAGUUAUUUGAGAUCAAACCUGCCUUCCCCAGGCCUGUACUGAAGUCAAGUCAUGGCACAAACCUGAACCCAGACCAAGAUCAAAGAAGCAAACCACAAGAGACCCUUUCCUCUAGAGAAAGUGAUCAGUCUCAACCAAGCACAGACCCUGACGAGCAGAGUCCUGGACAUAAGCAGGUGUUACUAGAACAACAGAGACUGGGUACCUUUGCUGAGUACCAGGCCACCUGGAACAAACAGAAAAAGUCAUCUGAUACCAAAACACAAGGACGAUUUCACUCAGCAGAGAACAUUCUAGAUCCUAGUGCAGAAGAGAAGGCUCUCUGCAUCCAUGAGAGAUCCAGAUCCUCACCUUCUGCAGACGUCUACACACAGAAUAUUCCCUCUGAUUGGAGAGAUCCUCAAGGACAGGAGAGCAGUUUGACCACAAGAGAGACAGCAGGGAGCAGGUCGCCGGACCACAGCCCACAGUUGGUCCCAUCAGUACCCAGAAAUGAGGGGAUAUUUCCAGGCCCUCCUGACCACAGAACCAGACCCGACCCUGCCAGUCCCUCCCACGCUUCCCUCUCCUCUGGUCGUUGCAGCACCAGCCCAAACUCUGAGUGCAAGCCGCCACAAACCCAGAGCCUCUUGCCACCACCCAGGCUGCAUUUAGGUCCAGAAACCACAUCCUCCUCCCAGGAAUUCCACGCCGGCGCCCAGCCGGACCCGGCACGACUGCAGCCUCAGUCCGGUUCUGCUUCUGACAUCCAGCACCAUGCAGCUGAACACCCUUCCUCUGCUGGUCCCACCCAGACCAUUUCCCCUCACCUCAGCGAACAGUCAGGACUAGGAUCUGCAGAAACCAAGGGGGAGCAUUCGACAGCACCACCUUCAUCUCCAUCUCCUUCUCCGUCAGCUGCUUUGUCCCUUACAGGGACGGAUCGAGCCCGCUCUCCUUCGCCCCAGUUCGCUCCUCUGAGGCUGACCGACAAACCGCCGGCCGUGUCGGUGCAGGAUGACCUGCAGCUCAGCUCACUAGCAGAACUACAGAUCCCAGCAGUGAUGGAUGUGAGCAGUCCGGUGAGAAAAGUUCCCGUCAGGAUCAUCCACACUGAGAGCAGCUCGGAUCGGCAGGUCCAAGCCUACCUGCCUCAGAGCAACGAAUCCUGCACCGUCCCCAAACCAUCCACCAACCUGUCCUCUCUGACCGCAGAGCGGACAGAUUCAUCUCUGUUCAGCGCCUACACCCGACAGGACCCACAAGAACCAGCACCAGAUCCAGUGUCAAGCCAGGAGUCAGGUGGAGCCCGAAACCUGGAGGAGGACGCCAAAAGAGAAGAGCUGGUGAGGGACAUCAUGGGCAGGGAUAAGUCUCUGGUGGACAUACUGGAUCAGAGUGGCAGGAAGACCACCAUGGACCUGAUGGAGGGACUCUUUCCACCUGAGGAGAAGAUCCUGGAGGAGGUCCAACUGCGGAGGAGGGCGUCAUUGGGCUCCAGGCUGCCAACCACAAGCAGGAGAGAAGAGGAGGAUGUGUCUGUAUCAGCGUCAGCCUCCCUGGUCCCCAGCUCCUCCUACUACAACACAUCAGCUCCCAAAGCUGAGCUCCUCAUAAAGAUGAAGGACAUGCAGGAGGAGCUGGAGGAUCAGGAUUCUGAGGACGAGCUGGACGUCGAUCUGGCCAGUAAAAAGCAAGAGCUGAUCUCCAGCCUGGCGAGGAAGCUGGAGGUGCUUCGAGAGGCGCGGCAGAGCCUGCAGGAGGACGUGGAGGACAACGAGGCACUGGGUCGUGAGGUGGAGGUCACCGUCCAGCGUCUUUGCCAGCCUAACCAGCUAGACAAGUUCCGCAUGUUUGUGGGCGACCUGGACAAGGUGGUGAGUCUGCUGCUGUCGCUGUCGGGGCGCCUCGCUCGGGUGGAGAACGCCCUCAACAGCUUGGAGGACGAAGCUCCACCAGAGGAGAAGCGAACCCUGACGGAGAAACGGAAGCUGCUGAUGAGGCAGCACGACGACGCCAAGGAGCUGAAGGAGAACCUGGACCGCAGGGAGCGGCUGGUGUCUGGGAUCAUGGGAGCCCACCUGGACGCAGAGAGCCUGGACGACUACAGACACUUUGUGAAGAUGAAGUCUGCGCUCAUCAUCGAGCAGCGAAAGCUGGAGGAUAAGAUCAAGCUGGGCGAGGAGCAGCUGAAGUGCCUGAUAGAGAGUCUGCCGCUCGAUCAGAGGCCGCCGCUUGGACUCUGAUAUUAGGCCUCAUGACGAGGAGACCACAUCUGAAGUGGAGAUAUGGAGCAUUGUUUGCUGUUUUAUGCAUCUUGUUGGUGACUUUCCAAUUAAACUGGUCCUCAAGCUGAGAAAGACAUCUUCUUUGCAGCUGAAUUUCUAGAAAUAAAGACAAAACUACUUGUAGAUCAGGUAGAGAGAUGAAAGAAGAGCCACUUCCUGAGAUCAAACCAUUUGAACUUCACUGAGAGCUGGCUAGAAACCCUAAAGAACCACAUCAUGUUUUCUUCAUGUUAAGCUCUGAUUGCUUUAUUAUUCCUGUUGCAUCCUGAUUGUCCUCCGCUGCUGAACAUGGCUGGAAGUUUGUUAAAUUAUCACCAGGUGAUUUUAAUAUUUAAAGUAAUAUUUUCUAGUAAUUUAUUGUAGUUUUUUAGUGUAAUUUAUUCUACUCCUGAUAUACUCUGUUUUUUUCUUAAAUUAAGUGAAGGUUUAGAUUCAAACAGAGCUGUUCUGUCCAUAAAUGUAUCUGCUGAAUCUCUGAUUUUGGAGUGAAAGUGGUUUGGGCUGAGAUGUGGUUGGACUUUAACCCCAUUUAGAUGCUGCUUCAACAUGUUUUCUCACAGUUUCUCACAUAAACUGCUUUCAUCUGCCAGACCUCCAGAAGGACAAGCUGCAGCAGAGUGAGACGUUUGCUCUACGCGUUUGCUUUAAGAGGUGCCAGGGACUGGUGGCUUCAUGUUUGCUCCUUAAACAUCUUCAAGGCAUUAAAAUGAUAAACCUCA